AUGCUGACCCUGGAUUUUGAGAUCCUGGACGUGUUUCCGGCUUUACCCUAUGUUACUCAGUCCGCCGAUAAUGGCUGCGACUGUUGUCGUUGGCUCAAAGGAAACCUCACUUCUGAGCUGGACGAACUGCUUCCAGCUCCAGGCCGAUCAAAGGAGUUCAGAAUAUCCAUAACGGGCCAGUAUUGUUGGGGAGGAGGCUUGGAACACAGUACUCCAGGCCCAGGGCUUCAAGCACUCGUCAUCACCUAUCAACUCUACCUGCUUCCGAGUCUAACGCCAAUGUCGGACAAUGGUUUCACCCUUGCCUUCGCCGUUGAAGCGGACACUCAUGGCCCUCUUCAGUCCUGGCUCGACCUCCGCGUAAACGAGUCUGGUUACAUCAUGACGCCCAAGACGGCCUCUUGGCUUCGCAGUCAGCUCGACGCGUGCCGCUGCCCUGCGCAGGAUGACCCCGGGGGUUUCGUUCCGACCAGACUCAUCAAGGUCGAUUGCAACCCUCCACGACUCGUGAGAACAGCCGACUUGACUGCCGCCAAUGGUGGUACGAUCGUUCCCAAAUACAGCGCCCUGAGCUACUGCUGGGGCCCACCAGAAGCGUCCAAACUGCAACUAAAAAGCGAGGUUGCAAGCCUGUAUCAACGGACGUCUGGCCUGCUCGGCAUAGAAAUGACGCCAGUCCUGCGAGACGCCAUUGCAACGACGCGCGCUCUGGAGAUUCCGUAUCUCUGGGUCGACGCCCUCUGCAUCGUCCAAGAUGACGCAUUAGGCUGGGAAUUCGAAGCCUGA